AUUCCCUGACAAGUUACCAUUGAAUGUUUCUUUUUUCUUUUUUUUCUCUCCGCUCUUCCGCGUACUUGCCAUCCGAAUCUUUUGUAUGUUAGCAUGAACCUAACCCCUUCUAAUUUACGACUACUACUUCACUUCUUUUUAUCUGUCCAUAACUUUUUUUGCUAUAAAUACGAGCAGCUCUCACUUAUUUUCCAUACAGAACCCUAAGCCAGAGACACUAGAAACAAAAACAAAGCUGUAUUUCUAAGUAGUUCUCUAGCCAUGGCCAUGUCUAAGGCUUUGAUUGCCUCACUUCUCGUCUCUCUCCUCCUUAUUCAACUGGUUGAAGCUGAUCAACUGGUGACGGAUACAAGCAAGGAAACAAGUCCCCCAGAAAAAAUUGACUGCGGUGGAGCUUGCGCAGCCAGGUGCCGAUUAGCCUCCAGGCAACACAUGUGCAAGAGGGCAUGCGGGACAUGUUGCGCACGCUGCAACUGUGUUCCUCCAGGAACUGCCGGAAACCAAGAAAUGUGCCCCUGCUAUGCUAGCUUGACUACCCACGGUGGCAGACGCAAGUGCCCUUGAGUGCAUCAAAUGAAUCCUCUCUCUGCCUGCCUUGACCAUCAUGAUCAUAAAUCAACGGAUGAGAUGUGGUCAAACUAAAUUAAUGAAGUUUUAUGAAGGUGUACGAAUAAAUAAAAGAAUGCCCUAUGUAAAGUAAAAGUCAUGUACGUAAAUGACUUGUUUUUCUUUUUCUUUUGUCUCUUUGGCUAUAUCGAUAUGAUUAAUGAUUUGUUAUAUUGAGUGUGAAAUAAUAAUGAAGUUUGUAAUUCUCUUUUCUCUAAUUGAUGCUAGUUUUUUU